GGCUGGACGAAGCCAUCAUGCCGUCAUUCAAACGAAACUUGGCUACCGACACUGAGCAAGGAUCGCCUUCAAAGCGCACCCGGACGGCGCAGCCACCUACCACCCCAACCAGGAAACCUCAUUCCAACUUUCCCUCCACUCCUGCUAGUAGGCAGAAGCGCAUCGACGAUAUUAAGAGUGGUCUUAUGUCACCGACAACUCCGACUUCAAACAGCAAGAAGAACCGCCUCGAGCAGAGUCCCUGCGACGGCAACGUCUUUUCCUCACCGUCGUCGUCAUCGCGGCAAAGGGAAUACGUGCUGCCACCCGUGAAGCAGGAGACAGACGAUGAGCCACUUGUUCCUGGGGCUCAUUUGCCUGCACCCAGUUCAAUACAAACGAACCCCAUAAACUCCGCCGAGUCAAUUCUGAACGACAUGAGCGUGCUGAGGGACGAUCUUGCAACGAUAUGGAGACUCAAAUCUGCUGCAGAGCGUGGCAGAGAUUCUAAAGCGAGGAGAAUUGAGCGGCUCGAGGCAAGGAUCAAAGAGCUCGAAGCAGAAAACGAGAAGUUGAAAAGCCAGGUCUGACUCUAACGUUGAACAAGGCUAAUGUUUGUACCC